GCACGGUUGCUACAGCAAUCAUGGUAUUUGUCUUGGCAUUGGUUCUGGGUACAUUUUGCGUGACUCCAAGCUAUGGCAAUGAACACGAUUAUGGAUAUGGUUAUGGGCAAGAAAACGGUUGUGAAGCCAAAAUUGACCUGGCGUUUGUAAUAGACGCCUCUGGCAGUAUCAGCUCUGCCGACUGGAAGAAGCAGAAAGAGUUCAUCAGUGACGUCAUUAAACAUUUUCACGUCGGAACAGACAUAGUCCACGUGGCGGCUCUGACAUUUGGCACGGGCUACAAAAUCAACUUCCAAUUAAAAGAUUACAAUACAAGCAGCCAGGUACUGGGAGCCGUAAGUGGCAUAGAACAGACGGGUGGAGGAACAGAAACUUACGUAGGCCUACGGAUGAUGCGUUCCGGCCUUUUCAAUAUUCGCAACCGUAAAGGUCCUCGCCCUGAUGCGCUGCAUGUUGGAGUCGUUAUAACGGACGGCUUUUCGGAAAACAGUACCGCAACAGCCUUGGAGGCCGAGAAGGCAAAGAAGUCCAACAUCACCCUCUUUGCCGUCGGAAUUGGAGAGGAAGCCAAGGAAGACGAACUGAAGAAGAUUGCGUCAGAACCGUCGGCUACGUUCGUUUUUAACGUCAAAGACUUCGAAUUUCUGAAGAACAUCGAGAAGAAAUUGUUUGCGGCCGUUUGUGCUUAUUAUAAUGGCUCUAACGGAUUCCUUCCAAAUUAUCUUACAAUAUAUGUUCUUGCAUUUGUGGCAUUGGUCGAAUACAGGCUUGCCUCGCCCUGGCCCUAUGGAGUCAGAAUCCGCAGAAAUGUCGCAAAUCCUGAAGGUUUUGUUUUUCACCCUUUCUCCACCAAUGACCUGGAUAUAUCUCUAGUGAACGGCAUUGCGUCAAACCGUCCUGAAUCGCGAGUGGGGCCACAUCCUGGGUGUUGUAGAACCCCUAUCGUGCGGAGGGGCCCCAGAGAAAUGCAUCUUUUCUGGCGUUUGAUGCAGACAGCUGUGACAGCGUGCUUGGUGGUGGGGGAUGCUAAAAACUGUGACAUUCGGGGGGACAUCGUUUUUGUGGUGGACGCAUCGAGCAGCAUUAACGACACGGACUGGGAGAAACAACGGCAGUUUAUAUACGCUAUUGUCUCGGAGUUCACCAUUAGCAGAGACGACGUCCAGGUCGGCAUCUUAACGUUCAGCACUGGCUAUAGGAAUAUUCAUGUACUAAACUCAAAAGCAGAUAAAAAGAGCAUAUUAGUUAAAAUAGCCAACAUGCCACAAGAAGGCGGUGGCACCGAUACGGCUAUUGGUCUAAAGAUGAUGCUGCAGAAUCAGUUCAGCAUAAGGAAUCGUGAUGGAUACAGACCAGGUGUGCCAAGAGUUGGAGUCGUCGUCACGGACGGUUGGUCGGACAAUCUCACUGAAACAAAGCUUCAGGCAAGGAAAGCAAAAGAGGAAGGCAUCACCAUGUUUUCUGUUGGUAUAGGGGACGUCCCAAGGCGGGCAGAACUGGAGGCCAUCGCUUCUGAUCCUCUUGAUACACAUGUCUUCCACGUGGAUGAUUUUGAUGCUUUGGAAACGAUCAGAGAAGCUUUGUUUGGAACUAUUUGCAACGGCAUAUGCCCCAAAGAGUGGAUAAGAAUAGGUCACAAAUGUCUCUUCCUCUCAAAGGAAGAAGCGGUUUAUGAUGAAGCCAAGACAACGUGCUCUGGCAUGUACUAUGAUGCCACGCUGGCCAUAACCAAAACAAAGGAAGAGUACAAAAUACUAGCUGGAUUAAUAUACCAAACGACGAAAUACAACUUUUCAUACUAUAUAGGAUUGGACUCCGAGCACCGCCUGAAUGACGUCUCCGAGAAACCGUCUUUUGUAUUUGCCGAUAACACGUCCCUGAGAGACUAUAACGAAUGGACACCUGACAUGGACAACAGUGUCCGUGGAUGUGUCCUGCUGGACAAGGAUGAAUCCUUCAUGUGGACAGUGGUGGAGUGUGACAGCAAGGAGAGGUUUGUUUGUGAAAUUGACAGGUCCAGGAAACGAUAACAUCACCGGUGGAAGUUUAAUGUGACAGGCUGAGGAGGAGAUUCAAUUUUUCUGCUUAUGAACGCAAACUGAACAAUCAAUUAUCCCUGCAUUUUCAUUUUAAUAGCCUUAAAGUCAAAUCCUGCGCGAUGUUGCUAUCAGUUUAAUAUGAACGUUCUCGCAUAGGAAAAAAUUGAAAAACUUAGACAAGCUG